AUGUCCCUCAUUUUCAACGCGGCUUAUGAUUGGAUUCCUCCUUUCAAGCUCCACACAAUUGAGAUCAUAAACUGUCAAGUAAGUCCCGGUUUUUGGGUAUGGCUUCAAGCUCAAACUAAACUGUCUUCUGUUAUUCUUCGUGGUAAUGGAAUGUCGGAUUCCAUUCCAGAGGAAUGGUUGUUGCAGAUAUCUUCCCAACUCAUCCAACUAGAUUUGUCUUACAACCAAUUUUGUGGAAACCUUCCAUCACAUUUGAAAUUUCCAAAUAUAAAUUCUAUUGAUUUGAGUCAUAAUCAAUUGGAGGGCCCACUCCCACUUUGGUGGUCCACUAAUGUCUUUUCUCUUGAUCUUGAAAGCAAUUUUUUUUCCGGACCAAUUCCCUCCAAUAUUAACCAAAUGAUGCCCAAUUUGAAAACUCUGUAUCUUUCUGAGAAUCAUUUGAAUGGCACUAUUCCUCCCGGUGUUUGCAAUAUGGAGCAAUUGAAAAUCUUGUCCCUGAGGAGCAAUCAAUUUUCUGGGGAAUUCCUUCGUGCAUGGAGUGUGGAGAGCAAUAUGGUGUUUCUAGAUGUUGGUUACAACAAUCUCUCUGGUAAUAUUCCUAGUUCAUUGGGGGUAUUAAGUUCAAUUCGAAUAUUAAAGCUCAACAACAACAAUUUUGGCGGUGAAAUACCCGAUUCCUUGCAGAAUUGUUCUAGUUUGGAGAGUAUGGAUCUUGGGGACAACAAGUUAACUGGCAACAUACCUCUAUGGAUAGGAGGAUCAAAUUCAUCCAUGUGGUGUAUGCUACGAUUACGGUCCAACCAUUUCAGUGGACAUAUUUCCCCACAAUUGUGCAAUCUUCACCACCUUCAUAUCCUUGACCUCAGUCACAACAACCUUUCAGGUUAUAUUGAGCAAGCCACACUAACACUAAAAGGAAGCGAACUUGUGUACAACAAGACUCUGAUGUUGGUAAAGAGCAUUGAUCUUUCAUCAAAUAAUUUACAAGGUGAAAUCCCUCAAGAAAUAAGCAGCCUCAUUUUAUUGGGUACGUUGAACUUGUCAAAGAAUCAAUUGACUGGAAGGAUCCCCUCCAAGAUUGGAAACUUACAUUUGCUUGAAACUCUUGAUCUCUCACACAACCACCUUUCAGGUCAAAUUCCUCAAAGCUUGUCAUCUUUGACCUCUUUGUCCCACUUGAAUUUGUCUUGCAACAACUUGUCUGGAAGAAUUCCUUCUGGAAACCAACUUCAAACGCUCAAUUUUUCGUCCAUUUAUAUGGACAAUCCAUUGCUAUGUGGUGCUCCUCUCUCAACUAAGUGCCCUGAAGAUGACAAUUUUACUACUAAGGAUGCAAAAGACAAGAAUGAAGAUGGUGACAAUGAUAAAUUGUGGUUCUCUGUCAGCGUGACUACUACCAAACUCUGUUUCUGUUUGGACGGUGAUGAACUUUCAAGCAGUGUGAAAACAAAUUCAUGCAUCGACGAAGAAAGACAAUCGCUUCUCAUCUUUAAGCAACAUCUUGUUGAUCCUUCUGGUAGGCUUUCCUCUUGGGUGGGCCAUGAUUGCUGUCAAUGGGAAGGUAUUUCAUGCAACAACAACACUGGUCAUGUCGUGAAGAUGGACCUCCGGAAUCCAUAUCCGUAUUCCAUUUCUGAUGACCAGUGGGAGUACGAAGCUUAUGAAAAGUCUCUCUUGGGAGGUAAGAUAAAUGCUUCUCUGUUGGGCUUGAAACAUUUAAAUUACCUGGACCUAAGCAAGAAUUUUUUUCAUAGCAGUCAAAUUCCUAAGUUCUUUGGGGAGCUUAAAAGUUUGCAAUAUCUCAAUCUCUCCUUUGCGUCAUUUGGAGGAGAGAUUCCCCUUUCUCUUGGUAACCUGUCAAGCCUUAAUUUUCUUGACCUUGGGUGGAAUCAACUCUCAUCUUCAAAAAAUUUGAAUUGGCUUUCUCACCUCUCUUCUCUAGAAUACCUUAAUCUCAAUUACAUUAACCUUAGCAGCACUGGAGUCAGUUGGGCGUAUGAUAUUUCGAUGCUUCCUUCAUUGUUAGAGUUACACUUGUCUUCGUGCCAAAUUGAAAGCAUUCCACUCUCAUUGCAGGGAAUUAACUUGACAUCACUUUUUAAUCUUACCAGCCUCAUAACUCUUGAUCUAUCCGGGAAUAAUUUCAAUGGGCCUUUUCCAAAUGAACUUGCAUGUCUCAAAUCUCUGGAAUACCUUGAUUUAUCUAAAACAGGCUUAAAAGGUCAAGUUCCCAAAGUCUUUGGAAAUUUUUGCAAGCUAAAGGUCUUGAGUCUUUCUGGAAACAAAAUUGAUGGGAGGGUUGGAGACUUUUUGAGGAGUUUCUCAAAUUGUUCAAAUAACCCAUUAGAGUCAUUAGAUUUGUCUAACUGUGAGCUGGAAAGCCAAAUGCCGGCCUCCUUAGGAAUAUUAAAAAGCUUGCAGUAUCUCAACCUUUGUGGAAACUAUUUGUGGGGCUCAAUUCCAGAUUCCAUCGGAAACUUGUCAUCCUUGGAAACAUUGGACAUCUCUAAUAAUAAGAUGAAUGGCUCCAUUCCAGAUUCCAUUGGAAACUUGUCAUCUUUGAAAACUUUGGACCUCUCUUUUAAUAAGAUGGAAGGCUCUAUUCCACAAAGUAUGGGACAACUCACUCAUCUAGUUUCUCUGCGUCUAUAUGGUAAUUUAUGGGAAGGCAUUCUAACAGAAGCCCAUUUCAUAAACCUUACCAAAUUACAAGAUCUGCAAGUAGGAAACAAAGACCGACCCAUGUCCCUCAUUUUCAACGUGGCUUAUGAUUGGAUUCCUCCUUUCAAGCUCCACACAAUUGAGAUCAUAAACUGUCAAGUAAGUCCCGGUUUUUGGGUAUGGCUUCAAGCUCAAACUAAACUGUCUUCUGUUAUUCUUCGUGGUAAUGGAAUGUCGGAUUCCAUUCCAGAGGAAUGGUUGUUGCAGAUAUCUUCCCAACUCAUCCAACUAGAUUUGUCUUACAACCAAUUUUGUGGAAACCUUCCAUCACAUUUGAAAUUUCCAAAUAUAAAUUCUAUUGAUUUGAGUCAUAAUCAAUUGGAGGGCCCACUCCCACUUUGGUGGUCCACUAAUGUCUUUUCUCUUGAUCUUGAAAGCAAUUUUUUUUCCGGACCAAUUCCCUCCAAUAUUAACCAAAUGAUGCCUAAUUUGAAAACUCUGUAUCUUUCUGAGAAUCAUUUGAAUGGCACUAUUCCUCCCGGUGUUUGCAAUAUGGAGCAAUUGAAAAUCUUGUCCCUGAGGAGCAAUCAAUUUUCUGGGGAAUUCCUUCGUGCAUGGAGUGUGGAGAGCAAUAUGAUGUUUCUAGAUGUUGGUUACAACAAUCUCUCUGCUCAACAACAACAAUUUGGCGGUGAAAUACCCGAUUCCUUGCAGAAUUGUUCUAGUUUGGAGAGUAUGGAUCUUGGGGACAACAAGUUAACUGGCAACAUACCUCUAUGGAUAGGAGGAUCAAAUUCAUCCAUGUGGUGUAUGCUACGAUUACGGUCCAACUAUUUCAGUGGACAUAUUUCCCCACAAUUGUGCAAUCUUCACCACCUUCAUAUCCUUGACCUCAGUCACAACAACCUUUCAGGUACUAUUCCCAUGUGUUUAAAUAAUUGGACUUCACUGGUGGACGAUUCCAAUACAAACUCUACAGGUUAUAUUGAGCAAGCCACACUAACACUAAAAGGAAGCGAACUUGUGUACAACAAGACUCUGAUGUUGGUAAAGAGCAUUGAUCUUUCAUCAAAUAAUUUACAAGGUGAAAUCCCUCAAGAAAUAAGCAGCCUCAUUUUAUUGGGUACGUUGAACUUGUCAAAGAAUCAAUUGACUGGAAGGAUCCCCUCCAAGAUUGGAAACUUACAUUUGCUUGAAACUCUUGAUCUCUCACACAACCACCUUUCAGGUCAAAUUCCUCAAAGCUUGUCAUCUUUGACCUCUUUGUCCCACUUGAAUUUGUCUUGCAACAACUUGUCUAGAAGAAUUCCUUCUGGAAACCAACUUCAAACGCUCAAUUUUUCGUCCAUUUAUAUGGACAAUCCAUUGCUAUGUGGUGCUCCUCUCUCAACUAAGUGCCCUGAAGAUGACAAUUUUACUACUAAGGAUGCAAAAGACAAAAAUGAAGAUGGUGACAAUGAUAAAUUGUGGUUCUCUGUCAGCGUGGUACUUGGCUUCAUCGUAGGCUUUUGGAGCGUUUGCGGCAUAUUGAUCUCAAAGACAUCAUAGAGGUAUGCCUGUUUUCAUUUCUUCGACAACAUCAAAAAUAAGGCAGUACUAGCAAUUGUAUUGAAAGUGGCUCGGUUCUGAAUAAUGUUUUUAGAAGUUUGAUUGUACUAUGUAAAUGUGAUGUUUUUUCUUUCUACUUUGGGUUUUUGAUACUUGCAACUUAUGUAUUGAAUAAAAGAAUUCUAGCUUUCAAUUAUGUAUUAAUCUGCAACUAAUAAAAAAUUCUAGUUUGUAAUCAA